GGGCCAGGCGAGGCUUAUUGGGCUAGCGGGAGCCGCGGCUGGGGUGGUGGCUGCUGCCUUGAGCGAUCGCGGAGGGGAGGGAGGUGGGCUGCCGGUGUGGCCGGAGGAGGUGAACCGCCAUGGGCUGCUUCUUCUCCAAGCGGAGGAAGCAGGCCAAAGAGCCGAAGCCCGGCGGCGAGAGUGGGGACGGCGACGUCGCGGUGCCGUCGGAGGCCGAGAAGCAGCCGCAGUACAGCUGGGACCAGCGAGCCAAGAUUAAUCCUAAAGACUACAUGUUUUCUGGACUCAAGGACGAAACAGUAGGACGGUUACCUGGGAAAGUUGCGGGGCAACAGUUUGUUAUUCAGGACUGUGAAAACUGCAAUAUCUACAUCUUUGACCACUCGGCUACAAUCACUAUCGAUGACUGUACAAACUGCCGAAUAUUUUUAGGACCUGUGAAAGGCAGCGUGUUUUUCCGAGAUUGCAAAGAAUGUAAAUGUGUAGUGGCUUGCCAACAGUUUCGUAGCCGGGACUGCAGAAGGAUGGACGUCUUUCUGUGCUGUGCCACCCAACCCAUCAUUGAAUCAUCUACAGGUAUGAAGUUUGGGUGUUUCCAGUACUACUAUCCAGAACUGGCUUUGCAGCUGAAAGAUGCAGGGCUGAGCAUCUUUAACAAUACUUGGAGCAAUAUCCAUGAUUUCACACCAGUAUCAGGAGAGAACAACUGGAGUCUUCUAGCUGCGGACGCUUUAGUCCAGGACCAUGUACCACUGCCAACUGCUGAGGAACUGAAAGCUGUCAGGAUUUCAACGGAUGCCAACAGGAGCAUAAUUCCAGUUACGCAGGGUAGACGUCCAAAGCACAGUGAAGAAUCUUGCCUGGCAGUAUUCUUUGCUGGGGAUUAUACAACUGCCAAUGCUAGAAAGUUAAUUGAUGAGAUGACUGGCAAAGGCUUCUGGCUAGUUCAGACUAAAGAGGUUUCCAUGAAAGCGGAUGAUGCUCGGCGAGUGUUCCAGGAAAGAGCGCCUGAAUUUAUCCCUUUAGUUGAAAAAGGUCCCGUUGUUGCUCUAGAGUUCUGUGGUGACGGUUCUGUAGCAGCAUGCCAAGACAUUGUUGUUAAUGUCUUCAGUGCAGCGAAGGUUUUUGUAUCGGAGGACAAAGCAUCAGCUUCCAGAGAAGUAGACAGCUUCUAUAAUUUUGCUGAUAUGCAGAUGGGAAUGUGAAGUAGACAUAAGCAUCUUAUUGACGGUUGAGAUGUACUUUAGGUUUGUAUAGCACUCAAUUGAUAGUCGGACACUUUGAAGAAAAACAAGAAGUUGCCUUUACAAAAAAUAAUAAUUGAAUGCAUCCAACAAAUAACACGCCACAUAUCAGAUACCUUUAUAAACUCUUUAGUGCUCACCUGCUUAUGUCCAAUUCUUUCUUUCAUAUAAUGUUUCAAUGUUAUAAGCCUGGCAGUCCGUCCAGUAUGCUUGGUAGAAUUUAGGAGAGAGCUAUGCGCUUUGGUUUUUUGUCAAAAUUAAAACUUAUUUGCAACCAAGUUCACUCCACAGGUACCAUCAUUUCAACUUUUGUAGGUGAUCUGCUUUUACAGAAUACAGAAAAUUUUGCUAAAGUUACACACACCUUGAUUUUUCAGUGGGAAUGAUCUAAUAUACUUCACUCACACUGAAAUCAACAUGGCUGACUUUGGAUUGUUCCCCUUGCAUGUAAGUAGCAGAGACGAGAAAUUCCAGCUUUAUUUUUUGUGCUGAAGUCUCAGGUUCUACACUGACUUAAAGUAUAUUUAGGGGCUAUACUUUAAAUACUCAACCACUGCAGAAGUGCUUGCAGAAACAGAGCUAGUAUUCCUACAGGGGACUUGGUACUGAGCACUGCUUUGGAUUCUUGCAUUAAGAGUAAUCUUUCCAAAUUUAUUAAAUUUAUGAUAAGCAGGGAGAGCCUCCUUGCAUAAAAAAUCUAAAGUGGGAGCUUGCAAAUCCUGCUUUUUGGUCAUCCAAAUCUGCCCUGAACUUGAGUGUUGAUGACUGCACUCUGUCUUUUUUUUUUUGUGCCAUCUCCAAGCACCUGUUAUAAAUGUUAACUUCUAUCUCAAAUGUUGAAGGAAGAUGCAUCUGCAGGACUUUGUGCUGGUUUAAAAUGUCAAAAUAAAGAUUACUAAAAUGAAAGAUUAACAAGAUAAUGGAAUCAGGUUUACACAUUCUGAGUGCAACACGAUGGCUUAGAGUACAAAUCAUGUCUCUUGGCUAUGCUUAAUCUGGAAGGUGGCAUCUUAAGUACAAAGUAGGUGUACUCAAAAGAUUGUAAUUACACUGAAACCUGUAGAAACUGGUGCUUUAUACAAGCUGUAAAAAAAGGAAAUAAAUUUCUUUCUUUUUCUUCAACUGUAUAAAUACAUGCUAUGCAGAAAUAAGGGUUUUAUCUGCUGGAAUGGUACUAUAUGCUGGAUAAAGACAACAUAAUUUUUACCUGAAGCUUUAACAGGAAAUAACUUUUAAAAUCAGACGAAAUUCUCUGCAAUGUGUAGGGAGAGAUAAUUUGUCAAAUCAUUGAUGGUUUUUAAUAUUUCCUAAUUUAUUUUUAUACUGUCAAAAUUGAAGGCUUCUGUGUAGUUAAUGUCUGGAUCUUUGUGAAUUAUUGCUUAUUCUUUAUAAGGUAAACUGUUCAGUUAAUUCAUUGGUAUCAUACUACAGUAAGUGCUUUAUCAGGGUUUUGUAUGUUUGUUAUGGCUUUUAUAAUGCCUUUUUUUUUGUUUAGCACUUGUAAAAUGUGAUUUAUAA